AGGGGAGUACCGAGUGCCUCUUCAUCGUCUCAGUCUUUCCUGUCUAAUGUCUCAUCGUGCAGGCAGGUCACGUGCAGACGUUAGCUAUUUUUUUUUAUUUUUUAAAAGAAAAAGUCGUCUUUAAACGUCCAGUUUCCAGUGUUUCAUUGAACACACAACAGCACAAUGGUGAAGUUAGCAAAGGCAGCAAUAAGCAGCUCAGAAGAAAAAGGCUCCUCCACCCCUAAAGAAGUGGAGGAGGAAUCCAGUGAAGAGGACAGCAGUGAUGAGGAAGAAGAGGCUCCUCCACCUAAAGUGGUGAAAAAAGCUACAGCUAAAGCCACAAAAGUUGUUGGGAAUGGCACUCCUGCUAAAAAAGCAGAAAGUGAAGGAGAUGAUGAUGAUGAGGAGUCAUCUGAGGAGGAGGCUCCCCCACCAAAGAAGACACCUGCAAAAUCAACUCCAGCUAAACCAACACCAGCUAAGGCCGCUCCAGCAAAAGCAGAGGAGUCUGAUGAUGAUGAUGAUGAUGAUGAGUCAGAAGAGGAGGCCCCACCACCCAAGAAAGCAGCCAAGCCAGCAGCUAAACCAGCUGCUAAAUCUGCAGCCAAGCCACCAGAGAAGGCUCCGCCUGCAAAGGAGCCCUCUGAUGAUGAGGAUGACGACGACGAUGAGGAAAUGAUUCAGAAAGAGGAAGCCCCACCCCCAAAGAAGGCUACUCCAGCUAAACCAGCUGCAAAGCCUGCUGCCAAGCCAGCAGCAAAGGCUAAGCCUGCUAAAGAGUCAUCUGAAGAAGAUGAUGAUGAUGACGAAGAUGACUCUGAAGAGGAAAUGGACACUACUCCUGCUCCAGUAGCCCCAAGGCAAAAGAAAGCAGGCAUGGUUAAGGCCAAGGAAGAGUCGGAGGAGGAGGAGGACGAGGACGAGGACGAUGACGAUGAGGAGGAGGAGGAAGACGAGGAAGAAGAAAAAGCACCAGUCACACCUGGAAAGAGGAAGGCAGAGAGCCAAAGGACACUCCACUGCCAAAAGGCAAAGUCGGAUGGACAGGUGUUUUCUCUGUACGUCGGAAACUUGAACUCGAGCAAAGAUUUUGACGAGAUCAAAACUUCACUGAGGAAGUUUUUCUCCAAGAACAGCCUAGAGAUCACUGACGUCCGGUUAGGAGGAACCAAGAAAUUUGGCUAUGUGGACUUUGCGUCUGAGGAGGACCUGCAGAAGGGCCUGGAGCUCAGUGGCAAAAAGGUAAUGGGCCAGGAGGUGAAACUGGAAAGGGCCCGGACCAAAGAAGGCUCACAAGACAGCAAAAAAGAAAAGGAUGCUCGGACACUGUUUGUAAAGAACCUUCCCUUCUCCGCGACGGCAGAUGACCUGAGAGAGAUCUUUAAAGAUGCAGUAGAGAUCCGGGUACCCCCUGGCCAGAAUACUUCAAACAAAGGUAUUGCCUACAUAGAGUUCAAAACUGAGGCUGAUGCAGAAAGGAUGAUGGAAGAGGCCCAGGGAUCUGAAGUACAGGGGAGGUCAUCAUCAUUGACUACACUGGAGGAGAAGAGCCAUAUGGGAGCCAGAGUUGCAGCAUCUGAAGCAGUCAGCAAACUGGUCGUGAAUAAUCUCUCUUCAGCGCAACAGAGGAUGUGCCUGCAGUCCACAUUUGAGAAAGCCGUCUCUAUUAGGGUUCCACAGAGAGAUGGCAGACCCAAAGGUUUUGCUUUUGUAGAGUUUGAGAACGCUGAUGAUGCUAAGGACGCUCUAGAAAACUUCAACAACACAGAAAUUGAAGGCGAUCAUCAGACUGAGUAUAGCCAGAGCAGAGAUUGGAACAGGGGAAACUCAGGUCCAACAAAAACCCUGUUUGUUAAGGGUCUGUCUGAGGACACGACGGAAGAGACCCUCAAGGACGCCUUUGAUUGUGCUGUAGCAGCCAGGAUAGUUACAGACAGAGAAACAGGAUCAUCUAAAGGCUUUGGCUUUGUCGACUUCAGCAAUGAGGACGACUGCACAGCUAAAGAGGCAAUGGAGGAUGGCGAGAUUGAUGGCAGCAAGGUGACUCUGGACUACGCCAAGCCUAAGGGUGACGGUGGCUUCCGCGGAGGUCGAGGUGGUGGAGGCUUUGGCGGAGGCUUUGGCGGGCGCGGUGGCGGCAGAGGAGGCCGUGGCGGUUUUGGUGGUCGUGGUGGAAGAGGAAGAGGAGGUCCUCGUGGAGGUGGACGCGGAGGCGGACGUGGUGGUUUUGGAGGUGGAAGAGGAGGCGGCGGUGGAUUUGGAGGCAAACCCCAGGGGAAGAAAUCAAGUUUGAUGACUAAAGCUUUAGUCUUUUACAUUUUGAAAGGACUCUGGUUGCAUCCAUUUCAGAGCUUUUGGACAUUCCACAAAGCCGUCAUUGGUAUAUAUUUAACUCUUAAUGGGCAUUUUUGCCCUUUAUUUAGACCCCUCAGACCUUCCACACCCAUUUGUGCCAGAAUGGUACUUCUGACCUUUUCAGCUUAAUCGAGACGUGUGAGAGUACUGAAUGUCCUGAAUGCAAACCUGCACCUCUUGCCCUCCUAAAGUAUGAGCAUUAUUUUGGGAGGAGUAAAAUGGAAUGGGUUGGGUUCGCUGUGAAAAAUAUGCUUGGUUUUUUUGUCAGAUACAUUGUGUAAAUUUAAACAGUUUUAUGAUUUCAUUUUACCUUUUUGUAAAAAGAAAUACACUUGUGUCCACAUGUCUUGUUCUUUUUUUUGUCAUUUAGUUUACUUUAGAUGCUAAUUUUUACUGUAAUGUGGAAAGCAUAUUUUGAUAAGAUAUCCAUGCUCAUAAGCUGGUUGAAAUGUUGAGAACGGCAAAAGUUCAGUCAUGCUUGUUUGGGAUGCUGUUGAUGUCUGAGUUGCAGAUGAAAGCGCUCUAAUCUAUGUAACAUAAAAUAUUUGUAGUCAUUGACUAAUGCGAUAUUUUUUUUUCCCCCCAUCAGAUUUUCAGAUGAUUAAAACCUUGUAUGUGGUGAUUUUUAAACAA